AUGACAAGCUCCUAUAACAAGCCACCAGUCUCCUAUGGCAAGCCCGCCGACCUCUCCUAUGGCAAGCCCGCCAGCGUCUCCUACGGCAAGCCCGCCGACCUCUCCUAUGACAAGCCCACCAGCGUCUCCUACGCCAAGCCCGCCGACCUCUCCUAUGACAAGCCCACCAGCGUCUCCUAUGCCAAGCCCGCCACCUCUCCUAUGGCAAGCCCGCCAGCGUCUCCUAUGGCAAGCCCGCCCGUCUCCUAUGACAAGCCCGCCGACCUCUCCUAUGACAAGCCCACCAGCGUCUCCUACGCCAAGCCCGCCGACCUCUCCUAUGACAAGCCCACCACGCCAAGCCCUACGCCAAGCCCGCCGACCUCUCCUAUGACAAGCCCACCAGUCUCCUAUGCCCAAGCCCAUGGACCUCUCCUAUGGCAAGCCCGCCAGCGUCUCCUACGCCCUAUGACAAGCCCAACCUCUCCUAUGACAAGCCCACCAGCGUCUCCUAGCCCGCCAAGCCCCCACCUCUCCUAUGGCAAGCCCACCAGCGUCUCCUAUGGCAAGCCCACCAGCGUCUCCUACGCCAAGCCCGUGGACCUCUCCUAUGACAAGCCCACCAGCGUCUCCUAUGGCAAGCCCGCCAGGGUCUCCUAUGCCAAGCCCGCCGACCUCUCCUAUGACAAGCCCACCAGCGUCUCCUACGCCAAGCCCGUGGACCUCUCCUAUGACAAGCCCACCAGCGUCUCCUAUGGCAAAGUCUCCCCCAAGCCCUCCUAUGGCAAGACCGGACCUCUCCUAUGA